UAUUGCAUUACAAAGAAACCCAUUUAUCUUAUGUCAAAGAAGAGAAAAACAGUUAUCAAUCUCCAUGGAUCAAUCAGUAACCCUCCUGCAACUAAAGGCCCGCAAACUUGAGAAGAGGGGCAAUGUCUUUGUACUAACUCUAACAGGCAACGGCAAACAUCAAUUCAAUCCAUCUUCCAUUGAAGACAUAACAAAAGCUCUGGACUUUGUUCACAUGGCCCCUGGUCCGAAAGCUCUGACCACCACAAAUGAAGGCAAGUACUUCUCUACUGGCCUCGAUCUCAAAUGGAUUGAGCAAAACCUACCAUCUUGCCUCAAAAUCAUUCAGCUAAAAUUCGAAGGUCUAAUGUGUAAAAUGAUGAAACUAGGGUUACCCACCUGUGCUGCAAUUAAUGGCCAUGGAUCGGCAGGUGGGUUCAUUUUUGCCCUAGUCCAUGAUUACAGGCACUUGAAGAAUGAUAAAGUUGCUUUCUAUAUGGGUGAAAUAGACCAUGAAAUGUUGAUGCAUAGAAGUUGGAUGUCUGUGAUCACAGAGAAAGUACCACCUUUUUGUUUGAAAUCGGUGGUUUUGAAGGCCCACAAAUUUGCAGCUUCUGAUGCUCUUUGGCGUGGUUUGGUUGAUGGUUUUAUGGGGUGUUCAAAGACGAAUCUGGAGCAGGCCAUGAGGGAAGGGAAUGCACUUGUGAUGAGGAAAUGUGACAUGGAGGUUUAUGCGAGCCUCAGGUGCAGACUUUACUCCAGCAUGAUCGAGGAGCUCGAGGCACAUACGGAUCCUUAUUCAUUGCCGAAGUGUUCAUGGCUUUAAACUCGUUCUCUUUAUCUCACUUAACUACACGUGAGUGUUCAAAAUAAGAUGGGUACCUCUGUUAUGAUGCUAUGAUCACA